CAAGCUCGUUCUUUGAAAAGGUGAUGAUUCCUCCUCCUGGAUUCUCAACACUGAUGCACGGUAAACCUCGUCAAUCUCAGUUGUCUGUUGCUUUAUGUGGUCCAGACUUUUACGGAUCUGGUCGUUCACAGCGUCGCGGUCUUGCUGCGAUUCUUCCAGAGCAUCAACAGGCUACUUCAGAAGCACUGGAAACCAACUCUAUACAUAGAAUCCCUCAUUCCAAUGCUAAAGGUCGUCAUGAUGUUCCUCAUAUUGUUUAUCAGCGUCACUUGUCCCCUCUCUCAUCAUUUGUGCAGAGUGAGUUGACAAACUCAUUACGCCAAAUGCUUGCGUGGGAUCAUGCCAUGCCAUUCAAUACAAGAUUGACGCGGAUGCCUCUUCCACACGCAUCAUUGCAUCCCUCUGAUUUUGGUCAAGAAUGCUGAAUUUUAUCUGCACUACUAUCAGCAUUUUAGACGUGCUCGUGCGUGAUUGCACUGUGCGAGCUUUGGACAGUGUUCUUUGGCAUCCUCAAUUUCGCAAAAAGGAGUCUCCAUUUCUACUUAUUAAUCCCAUUUCUGCGAGAUUCUUUUUUUCAAAUCCAAUUUCCCAAAUUUAUGACACCAUAUUUACUCGGCCUGCAUUAUUCUGUCCGUGGCUUUUAGUAUUUUCAAGAUAGGGCUUGUCUAUUGCAAUCUUUUACACGAUUGCUAAUAAAUGUGGUGAUUUUUGAAUUUU